AGCUCAACGUCUCACGUUAAGGCCUAUGGCUAAUAUUUGAGGGUAUAUUGGUCAGUUCAAGUAACAUUAUCUGCAUACUACAAACUCCGACUCUUGCCUAACGCCUAUCCAAACCACUCCGAAGUGAACCACCACCAUCAAUGGCGAUGGCUACCUCUAUUUCUGCUCUUACCUCAUCCUUGUCUUCACUCUCUUUCUCCUCCCAAAUCUCUCAGAAACCUAUCCACUCCCUGUCUUUUCCUUCGCCCAAACCCCUCUCUCUGAAAACCGCCUCCUCCAGAUUUCCCGCUCUCGUCGUCGCUGCCUCCUCCGCCGUCGCUGACCCGACCAUUGACACGGAUGACUUGAAGAAGUUGGUCAAGUCAAGGCUUCCUGGUGGAUUUGCGGCCCAGACCAUAAUCGGCACCGGUCGACGGAAAUGCGCCAUUGCAAGGGUUGUUCUUCAGGAAGGCUCCGGCAAAAUUAUUAUUAAUUAUCGAGAUGCUAAGGAAUACCUCCAAGGCAAUCCUCUAUGGCUGCAGUAUGUUAAGACUCCACUCGUGACAUUAGGCUACGAGAGUAGCUAUGAUGUAUUUGUGAAGGCGCAUGGUGGGGGCCUUUCUGGUCAGGCUCAAGCCAUUUGUCUUGGCGUUGCUCGGGCCUUGUUGAAGGUAAGCGACAGCCAUAGAUCGCCUUUGAAGCAAGAAGGCCUUCUGACUAGGGACUCGAGAGUUGUUGAGAGGAAGAAGGCCGGACUGAGGAAAGCUAGAAAGCGCCCUCAAUUCUCCAAGCGUUGAGGUCAGAAAUGUUACUUUGCUGGACAUCAUAUAUAUACAUUUCCUCUGUAAUUUUGCAGAAAAUAUAAGGUAGCAAAAAUUACAUGGUUAUUUUGAGCUUGAUUCCGCAUAAUUGCAAUUGGAAAUCAUAUUCAAGGGUAAACUUAAUAUUCGGAGGUUAUGUAAAUUUUUGUGUUUAUUUCUUA